GGGAGAGGGGCGGUGGCCUCCGUGGUGGCAUGGCGUCCGGAGGGGGCUCCCUGGGCCUCAUAACCUGCCUCUUGCUGCUUCAGUCGGAGCUCUGCGAGGCUUGGGAGGCUGCCACUGUGUCCUCUACUUCCGAUUUCUCCGCAGGGCACAGUGAGACCCCAAGGGUGAACCCACUGCCACCCACGCAGGUGCUGGUGACCAAGGCGGCCCGUCAGGGCCAAACCUCUGCUUUCAAGCCGUUUGCCUUAGGGUGCGGCCAACGCCUGACGAAGAUCAUGGGAGGAAUGGACGCAGAAGAGGGAAAGUGGCCCUGGCAGGUGAGCCUCAGGGUCCGACACAUGCACAUCUGCGGAGCUUCCCUCAUCAGCGCCGAGUGGGUGCUCACCGCUGCCCACUGUAUUUUCAGCCGAAGCCAGUACAGUGUCAAGAUGGGCGAUCUGAGUGUCCACCGCCAAAACACAAGUCUGGUGAUUCCCAUCCAGCGCAUCAUUGUCCACCCCCAGUUCUCAUCAGCUAUUGUUGUUAAAAAUGAUAUCGCUCUUCUCAAGCUCCAACACCCCGUGAAUUUCACCUCUAAUAUUUACCCCGUCUGCAUCCCUUCAGAGACUUUUUUUGUGAAUGCUGGGACCAAGUGCUGGGUGACAGGAUGGGGUAAACCAGCCCCAGGUGCACCAAACAUUCCAACAGAAGUUCUCCAGGAGGUGGACCAGAAUAUCAUCCAUUAUUCGGAAUGUAAUAAGAUGCUGAUGAAGGUUACAUCAACUUCUCUUGAUCUAGUCAAGAGUGGGAUGAUCUGCGGCUAUAAAGAAAAAGGAAGGGAUGCUUGCCAGGGAGAUUCUGGCGGCCCUUUGUCCUGUGAAUUAGAUGAUAAAUGGGUGCAAGUGGGAGUCGUGAGCUGGGGCAUCGGCUGUGGUCGCCAAGGACAUCCUGGAGUUUAUACAGACACGGCCUACUACAGCAAGUGGCUGACUGCGGUGGUGAACCAGGCCGCCUGUUUCUGUCCGCUGGUCUUCCUCGUCUCACUACUGUGCUUGCUGGCCUCCUGACACCCUGUGGUCAUGGCGACUGCUGCGUCUCAUCCCACCCUCCUUCUGAGCCUCUCCCUUUCCUUUCCAAUGUCCUUUCUUCAAAUUCCGUUUGGGAUCCCUUGCCCUGGAGAGAGCCACAGUGAAACGUGUCAGGGAUCUGAGACUCCAGAGUGUUCUGGCUUGGUGCUCCAGUCACCAUCCUUGGUCACACUACUCCUGAGUUGCGGUCUGCCUGACAGGGAUGAAGGCGCAUGAAUUCCAGUUAGAAGGCAAACCGGCCUGCCAGGUGGAUGACAAUGGCCUGCGAAAGGACUUCCUCGGUGGUGGAGCGAGCGCUAGACCUGACUAUAGUUGUUCAGGGCUCUCACCUCAGACUUUGUCAUACCAGAGUUAGCUUGGUGAUGAGAGAGAGAGAGAGAGAGAGAGAGAGAGAGAGAGAGAGAGAGAGAGAGAGAGAGAGAGAGGAGAGGACCUUAAGUGUCCUCCUAUAACCGUUCUCUCUGUAUAAUAUCUUUGAUCUUGUGAAGUUACAUUUCUCAUCGAAUGUAAUUUGCAACCAUGUUCAAAGAUAAAGUGAAAUUUGAAAAUAAUUAAGAAAAUGUAUGAGCAGAUUUCCUUAUUUCUCUUCAAGAAUUUCCUUUUAUAAGUAAAACUAAGGGGAUUUCUGAAGUGUCCUGCCCUGUUCAGACCUAAUGGCAAGAAGAUGGUUGAUAACAUUGAACUCAAAUGUCCUGUGUUUUGGCCCUGAGCAAGCACGGCGCAUUUGUAGCAUUUAACACUGUUUAACACUCUUGUUUUCCUCUAAGAAAAGCAAAUAUUGUCUCUGCACUCUUGAUUUUCCUUGUGUUGAGGACAUUUUACUCUCGGCCAGCAGGAAACAAGAACUAGAUCCUGGGCCGAGGUGUCCUUUUUCUUCUCAUGUUUACCUUAACUGCUUCUCAGCCUCCCUCACGAUGGAUCAUUUGCAUGUUCUCUUUUGUGAACUGUCUUUUCAAGUUUUUUGUCAUUUUUAAUUCAGAUACUUUAUAUUGCUGACUUUUAAACUAUUCUUCAUGUAUUCUGAUAAGAGUAUUAAAGUUAUGACUUGAUUUGCUUUAAACUGAAGGUUGUGAAGAAUUUUCUUCCUUCUCCCCCUAGAAAAAAAAGUUUCUAGUUUUAGCAUUGGUAUGUAUAUCUAUGAUCAAGAAAUUAAUUUUUUUGUUCAUGGCAUAGGAUAGAAAUCAAAGUAUGUAUUUCUAUGCCUUUAAUGUUUGUUAAAUUGUUACAAUAUGAUUUGUUGAGAUUCAUUUUUUCCAACAUCAAGUAAUACCACCAACUGACAGUGUAUUUUAGCAGCUGUUUCUUGACUCCAUUCAGCUCUGUGUCCUCCUACAUAUUCUGAAAUAAA